GCGGAGAAGCGACGCGCCGUAAAGCUACAACAGGAGAGCAAGAAACGAGCUGCGAUCAAAACGCAGCUUCGGAGUCCGUAUCCGUAGCCCUCCGUUAGGUUUCAACGCAACUGUCUGCAGAAUAACCCUGAGGGACGGGGAACACGCAGACACUUGUUUCUGCUGGCGGAGUAAUAAUCCCUGUGGCCUUGACAGCUCGGCUAACUAGGCCCUAGCAGCGUUAGCCGCCGAGCUUACUUUUCACUAGCAAAAGCAAAACAAGGAAUGAGUGAUGACCUCUAUGGUAGUGUCAGACGGUGGAGGGAACAUAGUGGAGUAUGUUACGGUGGUGGAGGGGCCCCAGCAGUGUGAGCAGCAGCCCAAUGAGGAGGAGGAGGAGGAAGAAGAAAUGGUCCAUCAGGAAGUCGAGGCGGUCAUUGUAGAGGGCGGAGAGGAGGUGGAGGAAGAUGUGGAGGAGGAGGGUGUGGUGCUGCAGGAGGAGGGCUGUCCAGCAGUGAUCGUGGAGGAGGUGCCCAGUACCCAGGUGGAGGAGUGCUACUCGGCUCAGGUCCUAGUCUACGAUGACGGGACGUAUCUGAUGCAGGAUGUGGCUGAGGAGCAGGAGGUGGUCACAGAGGUGGCUGAGACUGUGGAGAUGUCGGGUCAUGACAUAGUGUGUUUUGACAAAACGUUCGAAGCAGCUGAAGCUCUUCUCCACAUGGAGUCUCCUGGAGGACUGCACAAUGAACGCAACACAGCAGAGGAUGUGAUGAUGGAGACGGUGGUGGAGGUGUCUACAGAGUGUGGACCCAUAGAGGAGGAGUCCUUCCCCAUCCCCCCUGAAUGUGAACCUGCUGCCAAGAAGAGGAGAGGAGGUGGAAGAAAGCCCAAAACAAACCAACCUGCUUCCAACGGCUCCUUUGAUCUGGGGAUAAAGAAAAGGCCAAGGGAGGGCAAAGGCAACACCACCUAUCUGUGGGAGUUCCUGCUCGAGCUUCUGCAAGAUAAAAACACCUGCCCCAGGUACAUCAAGUGGAUGCAGAGGGAGAAGGGCAUCUUCAAACUGGUCGACUCCAAGGCCGUGUCCAAACUGUGGGGGAAACACAAGAACAAGCCCGACAUGAACUACGAGACCAUGGGCCGAGCCCUGAGGUAUUACUAUCAGCGCGGCAUCCUGGCAAAAGUGGAGGGUCAGCGGUUGGCGUACCAGUUUAAAGACAUGCCCAAGAACAUCCGGGUGAUUGAAGACGAGGACGAUGGAGAGGACGUGGAGGACGGCGAGGGCGUGGUGUCCGGCCAGCACGCUGUUCACCAACACGGCCCCGCCGGCCUGGGCACCAACUUCCCCACCACCACCCAACCUCAGCAGACCUACGUCACUGUCAUUCCUAGCAACGCUGCCACCAGGCCCAUCAGAGCCAUGCCAGUGGUCAUGACCAACUCACUGGGUCAGGUGACGUUAAACUCCUCCUCCAUCCUCACCACCACCACAGGAGUCCCAGUAACUGUAGCCAACACCUCAGGCAGCGCUCCUCCCAAACUGGUCAUCCAGGCUCUGCCCACCAUGCUGCCGGCCGGAUCCAAAGCAGGAGAGAAGAUCACCAUCAUCACCAUCCCAGCCAACCAGCUGGCCACGCUCAUGCAGGCCAACCCAUCAGGCCAGAUCACGCAGCUCUUCCACGCUAAAGCCGUCGCUACGCAGAUAGCCGGCGCUAAGCCCGCCACCUCCGCCCCCAUGGUCCAGAUAACAGCAGGCCGGCCCACACCGCACCUCAUCCUGGCUAAACCGGCGGCGGUGGCUCAGUCGCUGCCGCAGCUCUCGGUCCAGGUCAGCCAGCCCCACCCUGCCCCGCCCAAAACCCCCACCCAGCCCCCAACCCACCCCAGCAGUCAGCCCGAAGCAGCACAAUCAGAGGCAGCGGCGGAGGCUUCACCCCCCUCCAGCCCGCGAGUAGAAUCAGCAGAAACUACUUUAUCCUGAGUGAGCCGCCUGAGCUGGGUCCACGGGGGGGACAGGAAGUGACUGUGUGGACCCUGGUGAGGACGUGCAGGACACAUCCCAGCCCCCCCCGUCACAGAACAGAGUUGCUCUCUGAUUGUUUUAAACAGUCAGCCUAACAUUGGUCUCCAGCCUGCUCUUACUAUGGGCUGCUGAAGCCCUAUAAAAAGGAUUAAAGGGACUGUUGUACAAAGACAGACACGCAAAUCCUUUCGGAGCUCAGGAGACAUCAGGGCGGCCUUAGAUUCUAAAUGGAAGACUCCUUUUUGUAAUAAAAUGGAAUAUAAAAAGCCUGACAAUACUUUGUUGGAAAGCAAAAUGUAAAAAGCAUUUUUUGAUACUCAGCAGGUAUGUAUCAGUACAGCCGUAGUUUGAAUUCAUGUCUUUGUUUUCUCUUCAGUUUCAGUCUAACUGUGUGUCUGCAGAGUUCUGUUGCCCCACAGCACUGUUUUUCUUUUUUUUUACUGUCCAUAAAAAGGGAGUGAAAGGAUGUCUGCGUCAAGAUUGAAGAACUGAAUGGUGUGAUCCACAUCUGAAGUAUAAUAUACUAUUUUUUCUU